CGCGAGGGCGUCAACAAGGGCGCCAGCCAGGGCACAGCGACUGAGUGAUCGCAGCAGGGUGGGCGGCACUUCAGCUGGUGUUUUUUAAGGUUGCAAUCAAGCUUGCCACCACUAAUCUCCUUUCUCGGGCCCAUGUCGUGGCCCUUGUGGGCCCCGGAUGGGGUCAGAAUCGUCCAACGCUACGUAAACAAGGGCGGCAAACGCCUGGACUGUCAGACUGUGGGACCUCCCGAGGUCUCGACGGCUUGUUCCAUCCGUGGACACGGUCUGGCGGUACCUGCAUGCCUAGUCUGCCGUAUAAAAGAAAUCCUCCGCCCGCGCCUCAGCCCGCCAGGGUGGGAGAGAAAGGUCACGGCAAAGUCCUCAUUCAUUCCUUUUACCUUCUUUUGAAAGAAACGCUUGCGUUCGGCCUGUGGCCUGGUUCUUCACGCGGUACAUACAGUCAGUCAGUCACUCACUCAUUCAUUCAGCAGAAGACAGAACAAGACAAGACAACACAAGAAACAAAAAUCAUACCACCAAUUUCACACCACCAGAUCACUCAAGCAAAGAUGGUCUCACGUUCACUCAUCACGGCGCUUGCCCUCCUGGGCGGUGUCGAGGCACACACUCGCAUGGUCGAGAUUUUCCGCAACGGAGUGGGACAGGGCGAGGCAGCUGGCAUCCGCAUGGACCUGAACGGCGACACCACGACCGGCCCCGUCACAGACCUCUCUUCCAUCGACAUGGCCUGCGGCAGGAACGGAGAGACACCCGUUGGCCGGACAGUCAAGCUCAACGCCGGCGACGGCAUCGUCAUGAACCACCGCUCGUGGGCCGACGGCGCCCAGCCCGGCGUCAUCGACAGCAACCACAAGGGCUCCACCGCCGUCUACCUCAAGAAGAUCGCCCCCGCCGGUGCCACGGACCCCUGGGCCCAGACCUCUGCCUCUGGCGAGGGCUGGUUCAAGAUCUCGUGGAACGGCCUCAACACCGCCACCCGCCAGUGGGGCGUCGACGUGAUGAUCAACAACGGCGGCUACACCGGCGCCAUGCUGCCCAAGGACCUGGACGAGGGCUACUACCUGGUCCGCGACGAGGUCCUCGGCCUGCAGAACCGCGACGGCGGCCACAUCGUGCCCCAGUUCUUUGUCGGCUGCGCCCAGGUCUACAUCGCCGGCGGCACCGGCGGCCAGAAGCCCCAGACCGUGUCCAUCCCGGGCCACGUCUCGGCGUCGAGCCCCUCGCUCACCUACGACAUCUACAAGGAGCCCUGGGGCGAGUUCCCCGAGUUCGGCCCGGCCGUCUACGCGCCCAUCGUCCCGCUCUCGGCCCUCAAGCUGAACCAGCUGGCCACCGCCAAGGUCGCCGGCACCUGCCCCGCCGGCACCGUCCUCACCGUCGGCAACAAGUGCUUCACCGAGCUGGCCACGUGGUCCGACGACACCCCCGGCGCCCUGCCCAAGUGCUGGGCCGCCAGCGCCGCCUGCUGGGACAAGAACACCGACUGCUGGGACAACGUCGAGCCCGUCAUCAACGGCAACGACAAGGCCAAGGGCUGCAGCCUGUGGGAGGCCAAGUGCAACAACCUCGACGCCUGGUGCGAGGCUGGCAACACCCACGGCCCCCCUGAUGCCGGCAAGAUCAUCACCGAGCCUGUGGACCUCAGCGGUCUGUAAGCCUGCAUGUGGGCGGACUCUUCUUCUUCCUCGCUGGUCUCACACGCCAAAAAAAGCAUUUACACUUCUUUACUCCUCUUGACAGAGGAGGACCUCUUCAUAACGCCGUAUGACUUAGCCUUGACAGCUUAGCUGGAAAUCAUGCUUCUAUUGGACAUCAUUAACACUCGGGUCCUCGGUUGAUGACCCUUUCAUUUCGUACCGCACCUCGUGAUGCGGCAUCUGUAACACCAUGGCUUUUUGAUUUGCACAUAGGCGCUAGGACUGUAGAUCUUUCAUGUCAUUGGGAAUAGCCAUAGCGUUGGGGGAUGACCCACAAGGGGAUAUAGAUGAAAUGAAAUUCGUGCACGUUCAGUGCUUCAUCCAA